GCAAAACAAAGUGUAGAACUCAAUGUACUUUUGAGUGCUGCUCAAGUGCUUCCCUCUAAACUGGCACUGCCUAUGUUGUUGCUGUAAAGAGCUUUGAACUGUAGACCAAGAUCAAAGCUGAGCCCUAUGCAAUGGCCGAUAAACUUGCAAAGAUCAUUGCUGUGAUUGUCGUGCUACUGAAUGUCUUUCUCUACUGCUACCCUGUGCUGCGAGGUGCUUCCUACUUAUCGCCUUUUGGAAGACCCCCGAUCAGAGUACUGAUUUUGACUGAUCCACACCUCGAGGGAGACUCCAAGAUUGCAAGAAUGGGUUGGAGAGGGGCACUCGAUAUCUGGGGCAACGACCACUACCUAGGCCACAUUCAUCGAGUGACAGCCUUUUUCGCUCGUCCAACGCAGACUGUUGUCCUCGGUGAUCACUUAUCUUCACAGUGGAUCGAUGAUGCAGAAUUUCGUCGGCGUGCCAAGCGCAUGGAGGCACGCUUCUUACGCUUCAAGCCAUCUGAUGUGGUCUUUAACAUCAGCGGCAACCAUGACAUUGGCUAUGCUGGAGAGAUGACGCGCCAUCGUUUGAAUCGUUGGCAUGACAAGUUUGGUCCGUCCAAUUACGUCUAUACAUUACCAUCGACAGAGCUGCCUGAUGGUGCAGACCCUGUGCGGUUUGUUGGUAUCAACGACUUACACUUGGACGGGCCUGCCGAGGAUGAGCCAAGUCGAGAGCAAACGCAUGCGUUUUUGCAAACCUUGCCAAAUGAUGCUGCUGCUACAAUACUGCUGGCUCAUGUGCCCUUGUACAAGGACUUGGGUCUUUGCGUUGAUGAGCCUCGCAUGGAGUACUACCAAUUUCCACGAGUACUGCUGAAGGCACAAAAUCAUCUGUCACCAGAAUCAACAGCGGCCCUCCUUGACCGAGCUAUUGGUCAUGCAGGGGGUAUUGUCUUGACGGGUCAUGAUCAUGAAGGCUGUCAUACGUUUCACAGCAAAGCGCGAGACGGACAAGGCACUUGGUUUGGAAGCAAGUGGAAUGCUCAGGCCUUUGCAACGGCAAAGACACUCAAUGAGCAAGUCGUUGAAGAGGUCACUGUGCGAUCAGUUAUGGGACAGUAUCACGGCAAUGUUGGGCUAUUGACGGCUCGUUGGGACAGUGAAGGCAGACGGUGGACAUUCAAAUACCAGGCCAUCCCCUUUGUGCACAAUACAGUCUGGUGGAUCAUCAAGAUUGUGAGUUUCAUUGUGCCGCUGACUCUUGGUGCAUUGCAUUUGGGCCGCAGGACUGUUCGUGGGCGACAGGCUGAGCAGGGAUUGAAGCGUUGGGUGUCUGUGAAGAGCCGCCUACGCAAGACGAGGGAUUAUUGAGAUGGCCUUCUUUUCGGCACAGCAUUAGACAUUAGAAGUAGGAUGAUGAACGAUAUGAUGAUCGAUGAUGGAACU